GUCGGGCGGGUGGGGAAAACCAGCAAAAACCCGCCUAACCUGCCGCCUGAGGCGGCCUGCGGGCCCCUAAACCCUCGGACCCCGCCCGCCAGCCGCCCAGCGGUUGCUAAGUGACGCCAGCGCGCCGAAGAGCGUGCGCGGUCACGGAGGAGUGCGUGAGAGCGGGCACCCGCCGCGGAGGCGGCGGCGGCGGAGGCGAGGACGGCGGCGACGGCAGGCGCCCGGGGGGCGGUGGCUACGAGGGGGCCGCGGGGCCGGCGGAAGUGGCCUCGGAGCCAGCGGCUGAGUCGCAGAACUUGGUCGGGAUCAGCGACUAUUAUCUAUUCUACAAAAUGAGUAACAGCCACCCACUUCGCCCCUUUACUGCAGUGGGGGAAAUUGAUCACGUGCACAUUUUAUCUGAACAUAUUGGUGCCUUGUUGAUUGGGGAAGAAUAUGGUGAUGUCACGUUUGUGGUGGAAAAGAAACGUUUUCCUGCUCACCGGGUAAUUUUAGCAGCGAGGUGCCAAUAUUUUCGAGCAUUGCUGUAUGGUGGAAUGCGAGAAUCUCAGCCAGAAGCAGAAAUCCCCCUCCAGGACACCACUGCGGAAGCCUUCACCAUGCUACUCAAGUACAUCUACACUGGGCGGGCGACACUGACGGAUGAGAAGGAGGAGGUGCUGCUGGACUUUCUGAGCCUGGCUCAUAAAUAUGGAUUUCCAGAGCUGGAGGAUUCUACCUCCGAGUAUCUCUGCACCAUACUCAACAUUCAGAAUGUCUGUAUGACUUUUGACGUGGCCAGUCUCUACUCACUGCCCAAGUUAACUUGCAUGUGCUGCAUGUUUAUGGACAGAAAUGCUCAGGAGGUGCUCUCGAGUGAAGGCUUCCUCUCUCUUUCUAAGACAGCACUUCUAAACAUCGUAUUAAGAGAUUCAUUUGCAGCUCCUGAAAAAGAUAUUUUCCUAGCCUUGUUUAACUGGUGUAAGCACAAUUCAAAGGAGAAUCAUGCAGAAAUCAUGCAGGCUGUGCGUUUGCCUCUGAUGAGCCUCACCGAACUGCUCAAUGUUGUGAGGCCUUCGGGACUACUAUCUCCUGAUGCCAUUCUGGAUGCUAUUAAAGUUCGAUCAGAGAGCCGGGAUAUGGACCUCAAUUACAGAGGCAUGCUCAUACCAGAAGAAAACAUUGCAACUAUGAAGUAUGGAGCCCAGGUUGUUAAAGGGGAGCUGAAAUCUGCCUUACUGGAUGGUGAUACUCAAAAUUAUGAUUUGGACCAUGGAUUUUCCAGACAUCCAAUAGAUGACGACUGCCGUUCUGGCAUUGAGAUUAAGCUAGGUCAGCCGUCUAUUAUCAAUCACAUAAGGAUUCUCCUGUGGGACCGAGAUAGCCGGUCUUAUUCCUACUUCAUUGAAGUGUCCAUGGAUGAACUUGAUUGGAUCAGAGUGAUUGAUCAUUCACAGUAUCUGUGUCGUUCUUGGCAAAAGUUAUAUUUUCCAGCCCGUGUUUGCAGAUAUAUUCGAAUAGUUGGGACUCACAACACAGUGAACAAGAUUUUUCACAUCGUGGCUUUUGAAUGCAUGUUUACAAACCAAACCUUCACUCUUGAGAAGGGCCUGAUAGUUCCCAAGGAGAAUGUCGCAACGAUUGCUGAUUGUGCCAGUGUGAUUGAAGGAGUCAGUCGGAGCCGAAACGCCUUGCUGAAUGGGGACACAAAGAAUUAUGAUUGGGAUUCUGGCUACACAUGCCAUCAAUUAGGAAGCGGGGCCAUUGUGGUUCAGCUGGCACAGCCAUACAUGAUUGGGUCAAUACGGUUAUUACUUUGGGACUGUGAUGAUCGAAGCUACAGCUACUACAUUGAGGUUUCCACCAACCAGCAACAGUGGACCAUGGUGGCCGACAGAACUAAAGUCUCCUGCAAGUCUUGGCAGUCAGUAACGUUUGAAAGACAGCCUGCCUCCUUCAUCCGAAUCGUUGGAACACACAACACAGCAAAUGAGGUGUUCCACUGCGUCCACUUCGAGUGUCCGGAGCAGCAGAGCAGCCUGAAGGAGGAAAGCAGCGAGGAGCCGGGGACAGGGGACCCCCGUCCCGCCGGUCAGCCACCCGAGCCCCGCGCGCUGCAGGCCCCCGGCGGCGGCUCCCUGCCCGCCAGCCCCGGCCCGCGCUCCGGCCGGCAGCACCAGUGAGGGGCUCUGCCCCUGCCCGCCCUGCCCGCGGGCAGCAGACCUGGCUCAGGCGGACACGGAGCAGGUUUGCAACCAAGGACAGGAAGGGCCGCUGUGUUCUCAUUCGUUCCGGUCGGGCUGGUCUCCAGUCUCCAUCCGUCCAGUUCACACCCUACCUCUCCAGUCCACCCAGGCCGGCGCCCGUGUGGGUGGGCCGGGCACACAGGCCCUCGGACCUGGGGGCGCCCUGUGAGAAAUGGUUUCCUUCGUGUCUGCUCAUGAACACGUCACUCUGGCAACUGA